GAGCAUUGCCUCUCCAGUCCUCAGCGCUGUGUGCACCAGCGGACUCACCGGCAGCCGCAGGACCUCUACGAUGGCCGAGCACACUCCUGAACAAGUGGUAUUCAACAAGCCGAAGGUUGAACUGCAUGUGCACCUCGAUGGAGCUAUCAGGGUGCAGACUAUUCUUGAUAUUGCCAAGAGACGCGGCAUCUUUCUGCCAGCAAAUACCGUGGAGGAGUUGACAUCGGUUAUCAUUCUCGAAGAGCCUGCCACCCUCACUAAGUUCUUGGGCAAGUUCGCUGAGUACAUGCAUGUGGUUGCUGGAGACAGAGAGGCCAUAAAGAGGAUAGCCUAUGAAUUUCUUGAGGACAAAGCGAAGGAAGGGGUGAUUUAUGUCGAGGUCAGAUACAGCCCACAUUUUCUGGCUAACACUAAAGUGGAUCCCAUUCCAUGGGACCAGAAAGAAGGUGACCUGAGCCCAGAUGAGGUGGUGCACGUGGUUAACGAGGGCCUCAGCGAGGGGGAGAGGGCCUUCAAUAUCAAAGCCAGGUCCAUUCUAUGCUGCAUGCGCCACAUGCCAAGCUGGUCCAUGGACAUCGUUGAGCUGUGUAAGAAAUAUCGACACGAGGGAGUGGUCGCCAUUGAUCUGGCAGGUGAUGAGUCACUCAACUGUGAAGCCUAUCCAGGACACAGGAUGGCCUACGAGGAAGCAGCGCGCUGUGGGAUCCACAGGACAGUUCAUGCGGGAGAGGUGGGCCCGCCGUCUGUGGUGCAGGAGGCUGUGGAAGUGCUGAAAGCGGAACGUGUUGGACACGGUUACAGAACCCUGGAAGACCAAGCCCUCUACAAAAAACUGCUGGCGCAAAACAUGCACUUUGAGGUGUGUCCUGUUUCCAGUAAACUGACAGGUGCCUGUGACCCAGACUUCACCAAGCAUCCUGUCAUCACGUUCAGGAAGGACAAGGCUAACUACUCCCUGAACACAGACGACCCUCUGAUCUUCAACUCAACCCUGCACCUUGACUACAGCACUGCGCAAAAGUACAUGGGAUUCACUGAGGAGGAAUUCAAACGACUGAACAUCAGGUCUGCAGAGUCGUGCUUCCUGCCUGAGGAGGAGAAGAAAGAGCUCCUCCAGCAACUGCAUGAGGCCUACGGGAUGACAGAGAGCACUGCCUUUUAAACCUGCUGGGGAAAUCUGAGGAGAAAACGUGACCUAAUCCAGGGACAAAUUGCUCUGAACCCUUAAUCUCCCCACCGGAUAUGUGGGAAUGUGUUUUUACUUAUUUGUAAUCAGAUAUAAAGCCUGUACCAGAAUAUCAUAUAUGCUGUUUAUAUUAUCGCUGCUGCCUUCACCUCACGUAUCUGUGCAUCAUCAGCAAAUAUUUUUUAUAUCAAAACUCUGGAUACAUUGUUCAUCUACUGUUUACAUCCUGUUGUCAUAAAGAGAAUAAGAGAACCUUUGGGAAUCAUCUGUCAUAGCUAAAACAUUAUACUAUAGUAAGCUCAACACUUGUGGUAAAGGGUAAAAGCAUGAGGUGAAGGAUAAAUAAAAGCAGUGCAAGCUGUGAACUUAUGACCCAUAGGGAAAAAUAUGGUUUACUGUAAAUAUACAUUGUUUGGUUUAAGAGUGAAAUCAGGGAAUUCAAUGUCAGAAACAUAAGUGCUUGUUGCCCACCACAUGCAAAACCUCAGGACACAUCAGGUCAGCUCAAUACCAAAAGUCUAGUCUUAUAUUUGAACACUAGGUGGCAGACUACUGUCAUUUUGUUUAUGGACAAACCACUGGUGACUGGUGUGGUUUUGCAUUUGAUAAUUACUCUCUCAAUUCUUUUGAAAAUUUUGCAUUUAUGAGAAACAUUUAUGACCAUAAUAAAAAGCUCUUAUGAAAUG